AUUAGUACUGUCAGUAAUACUUGGAGCUCUGCAAUGCAACUUUAACGAAUCCCCCUCAAAAACCAUUUGAUUAUUUUCAGGUUGUAAAUCCAACAAAGGCAAAAGAUUAUCGUGUGUAGCUGAUUUACAAUGAAUGUCGACUCCUACUUUGAGUUUUCUGAGUGAAAUUCCUUUAAAAGUCGAGCUACAUUUAGGAUUUGACAUAAGUUUAAUAGAGUGCUUUUGCGAGUAGUCAAGAAUCCAUAAAAGACCGCAAUCACAUUGGAGAGGAUUGUUGGAAAUGUCCAAUUGUCUUAAGCUAGGUAAAACAUCAAAACUCCCAAAUGUUAGAGUUAAUAUUUCGUUGUGGUUUAAUUUGAGGCGUUCUAGAUCUUUGAGGCCCUCAAAAGCCCUUACAUCGAUAUGUUUUAUGCUGUUUGCAGACAAAUCUAAGCGUCUCAAUUUGGGUACUUUUGUGAACUGGUUUUCUUCUAGUUGAGUUAUUUGGUUUGAGCUUAGAUUUAGUUUUUGUAAGGCUAUUAGCUCAACUUUGAGGGCGAAUGUUUUGAGAUUGUUGUUUGAGAGAUUCCUUUUAAUAAAAAAUACAUACAAAAAUUGUUAUUAUAAAUAUAGGUACUUACAAUUGUACUAAAUCGCUGGCAAAAUUAAGUAACUCCAACUCGUCCAAGCUGGUUAUUUUUUCAGUUUCUCCGCAAGUCAUUUUAAUAAAGUUGCCUCCAUCUCGUUGAGGGUUCGAUUUGCAACUGCAUUUGCUGGAACAUUCAUUUUCCUGCUGGCCAAAAGCACUUUUUAGGAGAAAAAUAUAGAAAAAUAACAGAAAAUAGCUUUUUGAAUUUGUGAACAUUGUGCAAUAAUAAUUUUAUCAACAACUGCAACAACCUAAAUUGUUGGGAUUCAAUUUGUUAUAGUGCAUUGUAUUAAUAAAUAAAUUAUAAAAAUUUUAUAAACAAUUUUACUGUUUGACAACAAAUGGGGCGGCCAUAUUGAAAUUUCAUUAUUUGACAUUGACUGCAAUGUUGCCAAAAGACUUGAUAGCUAAUGCCAUACUUUGACAAGUUGAAAAAAGAAGAAUUUUAUUUGUUUAUAUUUAAUUAAUAUGGUUUAAAUAUUUAUAAAAUAAAAUGUUUAAUAAAAUGUGAUUCAAAUACUAAAAUAAAGAACAAAUUUUCAUAUAGAAUUCUUCAUAAUUGCUUGAGAAUUAUGGAUACAACCGAAGAAGUACUGAAUUUGUCCAAUUCAAAGCUGAAAAAGCUGAACAAAGGCACCAAAAACGAAAACCACUUUACUGAGUUAGUUCUCGACGAUAAUGAAUUACAACGGUUGGAUAAUAUUGAUUCGUUUGUAAAGUUGGAAAAGCUCUCAGUUUGUCGUAAUCAACUCCUUCGCAUGUACGGAGUUUGCCGACUGCACAGUCUUCAUACUCUAAAUUUAAGUGACAACGGCAUACUGAUGAUCGAAGGCUUAAAAGAGCUGACAAACUUAAAAUGGCUCUGUCUUUCUAGAAACAGCAUUAAAACCAUUGAGCAUCUAAAUACAAAUACCAAUUUAGAGCAUUUAGACUUGUCCGAGAAUAAUAUAACUCAUAUAAGCGAUUUGUCGUUUCUUAAAAAACUAAAGGUGCUUUUUUUACACAAAAACAAAAUUAACCAUUUGGGUCAGUGCGAUCAAUUUUUGCCUGUCAGCUUGAACACACUAACAUUAGCUAACAACAAUAUCGGGGACUUGAACGAACUGUCCAGGCUUUCACAUCUUGUUAAUUUAACCAAAAUUUCCAUAGCUAACAAUCCUUGUGUUAAUAUCACUGGCAACAAAAUUGGUUUUGAUUAUCGCCCAUUUGUAAUAAAUUGGUGUCUAAACGUAAAUGUUAUUGACGAUUAUGUGGUAGAUGCAAUAGAAAGUUUACGUGCAGAAUGGCUUUAUUCUCAAGGCAGAGGCAGGCACUUUAGAAUAGGCGAUCAAAGAGAACUUGUCAACUAUUUGGCAACGGUUUGUCCUUUAACAGGCGAAACUUUAGAAACCGAGGAUGACAGAAAAUUGAGAUUGAUUUUAAGUAAAGCGCAACAUCAUCAGCAACAGUUGAGAGAACAAUCGUCUAACUCUUCUCCUCAUCCUUCUCCAGCGACCAGAAAGAGAAUUCAACAGAGCAAAAAUUCGCCUAGAAUAAAUUCAUUACGUAUGGGUAGUGGCCUAAAAACUCCAGACAGAAUGGCAAUGAGCUGUUACAACACUCUAGGAGCUGGUGGCGAUUCUGAUAAUUCGAUAAUGACUCAGAGCCUUGACGCUUCCUUACUCGGACAAACGAUUACCAAUCAGAAAACCAUGACAGAAUCAUUCCAUGCCAAUUUUACUGAUGCUGAGCCUAUAAACAGCCCAUUGCAAGCCUUCACAAAAAUGGUACCGGUACCAGAAAGUUUAAUGAGUCCCGAUUACAGGCCCUCGCCCUUGAUUGGCAAAAUAACGAAAAUAAACAAUAGUACCCCAGUAAAAACCAAAAAAUCUGACAUUCUCACAAGAUCGCCGAAAAGCAAUCGGUCAUCUUCGCCUUUUAACAAAUCCCAUAUUAAUGAUCUGAGGAAGGAAAAUGAAACUCCAAGUCCAAUGAGGCAAAGAAAAGUUAUGGAUUCGUAUAAUGGUAACAAAAAGACAUCGAUUUUACGUAAUAAAUCGCCUAGUAGCGAAGAGGAAUCUGAAUUGUGUGAUUCCAAACUUUGUAUAAUACAAAAUAAAGUUGAGGAGAGACGAAUGCAAAAAACUACAACAAACGACGAAAAAGUCCGACAGGCGGCAAUUUGUAUCCAAAAAAUGUGGCGCGGCUACUAUACAAGAAACAAAGACAAAGAUUUACAAGAAAUGUUCAAAGUAUUACAAAAUCAUCGGGCCAAUCAGUACAUACAGAAAUUGUCUACUGAUAUGGAAACUACCAAAGCAGCUCUAGAAAGCGAAAGAAAGAUUCAAAUGCUUCAAACUGAAGCCAUUAGUGCUCUGUGGAAAAAGAUUUCAUCUUUACAAGACAAUGAAGUAAAUGCAUCUACAAGCAACAUCAAUAUGACAAAUUUGAAUCAGAAUAAUUCGGAUGUUGUUAAGAAUUUGGCUCAGACUUGUUCCGUAAUGCAAGACCAAAUUCAGCAAUUACAAGGCUCCAUGCAAGACAUCUUGAAAAUUAUGACCAUUUUUAGUCAAAAUGUUCCUGGGAGUGUGAAUAAGGAGAAUGGAAUUGGGACUCAGACUGAAAUUGUUGCCGUCCAUACGCCACAGGGUGAAGCAGCAAAAGUAUUCCCCUUCCAAAAACACCAAAACCUACACCAAUCUCGUCCAUCUUCGUUGCCUUUGCCAGUAAGUCAAAGAAAAAAGGAAAAUACUCAAACUGGACCAAUGGAUAACGAAUUAAGACAGUACGCUGGUAUAUUGGUAGACGGCGUGAUCAAGACUGUUUCUGAGACUGCAGAAAUACAAGAAGAAAUUGAACCUGAAACUACUAAUCAAAAUAAAAUUUCUGAGGAAACUAAUACUUCGUCAUAACGUUUCGGUUCUAUUAAAAUAUGUGUGCUUUAAUUUAAGUUAUACUGUGAUUGUAUUUAUUUGUUUUUUACUUCAAUUAACACUGAAUUGUUAUUAAGAGUUAGUUUCUACAUGAUGACUAUUUGAGGAAACUGGCCUUAAAUCACGCUUUGUUUGACCACCAGAAUAUUAUAAGCAGCUUUAAUUAUCUAUUAUUGUAUAAGGUACCUCGAAACCAAAGUAAAUGUGUUAAAGUUUAGUGCAUUAAUAAAUAAAAUUGUCCAAAAAAAAUCUAAUUGUAAAUAAAUUUAAUUAUUAUUUCUUAAAUAUAUAUAAUAUAAUUUAGACAUUAUUUCAAUAAAGGCUCGACUUAAUUAAAUAUAAUAAAAAGGCUUGUCCGAUCAUGAUAUCAACUAAUUAUAGCUAAAAAAAUUUAAUUCUAGAAAAAAUAUAAAAUAUGAUUUAUUGGUCAAGAAAGAGGCAAUAUUUAAAGCUAGAAAACCAGCACCCCUAGCACUGGUUUUAGUAACAAUCAGACUUCUGUUCCAUCUUCACCUUCGUCUUCGAAAAGAGGACGCGUAGCUUGUAGUUUCUUCGGUUUUGGUGGCGGUCUAGGAGG